AUGGCCAGAAUGGCGAGUCGGGAAGUGAUCAUUCUCGCUCUCAUGUUGGUCGCCACUAUCGGAGUCGCCGUGGCGGAGUCGUCUGGCAAAAGUCCUCACUCGCCAUCCCCAAGCCCUCCAAACGACAAUAAGAAAAAGAACUCACCGUCAUCAGCCGAAUCCCCCAAGGCCUCAAAAGACUCGUCCUCAUCGGCACCGUCACCCGGUUCCUCAGACAAGGGAAGCUCCUCAGACAAGGGCGGCUCCUCUUCCUCUCCUUCACCAUCUCCUAAGGGACCACCUCCCGCCAGCUCACCAGACUCUUCUAAUUCUGACAGCUCAAACAGCAAAUCAUCACCAUCUCCAAGUUCGCCUUCACCAAAAGGCGGGUCACCGAAGCCUUCACCCGACUCAUCCGAAUCCCCCUCUAGUGGUAGCGGUGGAAGCGAUAACGGUAGCAGUAGCGGUAGCGGCAAAGCACCAUCACCCUCUAAGGGAGGAUCAGGAUCUUCUUCUGGGGCCAAAGCACCAUCACCCUCUAAGGGGGGUUCAGGAUCUUCAUCCUCAUCUGAUGACAGUUCUGAAUCAUCUUCAGGUAGCAGCAGCAAGCCACCUAGGAAAUCGCCACCAUCAUCGUCCGGCUCCGACGACACCACUACAACCGCCCCCGCACAGACACCAGACACGGCUGCGGAGUCUCCACCAGCCCCCACCGAUGACACCGUUACCGCUGAUUCGCCUGUAACUCCUCCCACUGAUGCUCCAAAUAUAUCCGCGGCUGCGAGAAAGGUCUCCACUGCCGCCGCUGCUGUUGUUGUAGUGGUCACUGGCUUCUUUGCUUUCUGA